CUCCCGCCGAGCCCCGCCUCCCCGCGUUCUAUUUCCAUGACUUCCCCACCGUGACGCCUUAACCAGCAUGACUUCUGUUCGAGUUCCCUCCCCAUCUAGUUCUCCCUCCCCAUCUCUGCGGUCUUCUUCUCCAGAUAGGCCUGGGCUGAGGGGAGCUCGCUCCUUUUCUCGCUUAGAGCCAUCAACCUCGAACCCCCUUUCGAAGUUACAGACGGAGCUCACAAUCCCGGAGGUUCCGGAUUCACCCCCCGCUGCUUCGUCCGUUUCUAGGCUCGAGGAAAGCGAGGAUGACGAAGGCCCCCCGCUACCUUUGCCGGAUGGGUUCGAUGAUCUCCCUAUUGAGCUUCUCAGUUUGACAGAUCGUUUUAUAGACUCCUUAGCAAUGAAAAUCCACCCGACGCCCCUGGCAGUUGCACAGCUUAUGGAGGUCUUCCAGCAGUUUUACCUCACGGCUUUUCAACAUGUCGAUACUCACGUUUCACAUUCUUACCUAUCUUUGGCGUCUAAGAAACCGCGGGCGUCCCCGGCAGCAUCCAAGAACCCGACCCAGAUGCUCUCUAUCAGCGAGAUUUCUCAGAAGAAAAAGGAUCGGAGGCUUUUAGAAGCCAAGCGAUUGGCUCUCGAAGAAGCGGUGGAGAGAAGGAUUACCGAGGGCCUUUACGAUCGCAUCUGGAGGCAUCAGAGCACGGAUGAUGAAGCUCGGGACGAGAGUUUGAGGAGUAAAAUGGCAGCUCUGAAUGUGGUUGGUGUCAAACUGGGCCAUUUGGGAGUUGAGCUGGAAGGUGCGGAGGGUGAUGUCGAAGAUGAAUUACGACCAGCGGUGGAAGCUUUGGUUGGAAUGAACAACCUAAAGUUUCCCCUUGGAAAACUUUCAUCUUUGAAGCAAGCUCAUAAGGCGAUUGUCGAUUGGCUAUCCACACAUAACUCCUCCUCUUCGGCAGAUUUUAUCUUGCCAACGCUCAUUUAUACCCUAAUCAUUUCGCCGCCAACCCAGGACUUCAAUAUUAUAUCCAACCUCUUUUUCAUUCAAAGGUUUCGUGCGAAGAAGGCUAUUGACGGGGAAGCUGCCUAUUGUUUGACUAAUCUUGAAGCCGCUAUCUCCUUUCUUGAGACGGUUGACCUAGCUACCCUAAAAGUUGACGAUGCAAACCCUCCAAAGCAACCGAACAGUCGUAGUCGGAGUGGAAGUCCGAUGACCUCUCGCUCGCUGACACCUGAUGUACCUUUCACACCGGUUGGUGAUCCAUUGGCUAACUUGUCCGAAAAACUUGCGAUGGCUCACGUGGCCGCUGCAUCAGCUGCCGCUUCGGCGCCCCAAACUGCUGCUACAAGAGCAAUCGGAUCUAACCUCUCUGCUUCCUCCUCAACUGCAUCCUUACAACCAUCAGCACCGGGAAGCGCAGCGACAAAGAGGUUGUCCUAUCUUACUCCGAUCGACCUUGCCACGAGUGCCGCUACAAGUGCUGUGAGCACUGCAGAUCAGGGUAUCAGAGGCAUCGGCAAUACCCUAGAAAGCAGCUAUAAGUUUUUGUUUGGCAAGAUGGAAAAGCGGGGAGAGGAGUUGCCGAAGACAUUGGAGGACGCUAGGAGGCUUGUGGAUUCGCUGGCUACAGGGGGUUUGGAGCAACAGCAAGAGAGGGCACAAGUGGUUACUACUGCCUCGGGGUUGGGUAUGGACGGGGGGGCUUCUGCGGGUGGCAUGAAGAGGAUUGAAAGUACGACGAGUAUUAUGAGCAAUCAAAGCGGUAAAAAGGCCGAAGAGAGGGAACAUAGCACUGGUGGUCUUCGUGGCGCAGCAGCGAUACCCGCAGCUGUAGCUGUGGAUAAACUAGAGACUGUGAUGAAUUUAGGGACUUCCCUCGGGAGAUUUGCCGUGAGGGGGUUUUCACGAAGCUCGACACCCACAACACCAGCUACGAACACAGAUCCCGCGCCCGCCAGUAUGCGAGCGCUAGGUGCUCCGAGCCAGGAGAAUGCGCAUAAAGGGCAUAAGCGUGAAGAAAGUGCCCCGGUUGUGGAUCUGUUGAGCACAUUCCCAGACCUGGCGGACUCCUUAAAGUCACAACAGGCAAAAGUGGCGAUAAUGAGUCCGCCCCCUGUUACGAGGUUCUUGGAGGUAGACGACCCGGGUGAUUUGAAAAUUAGCGAGGUAGCGGAGCUAUUGAAGGACUACCGGAGAUUGGUGGAGGAGUUGAGGGUUAGGGGUGCCGUGGAAUAGAGCUAGACUGGAGAUCCAAAGGUGGGAGUUAGGGCGGAAGUUUUAUUAUUAUUAUUUGUUAGAAGGAGUUCCAUGGGUUGGCUUUAGGAUUCUUGUACAGAGUAUUGCGGGGUGGAAGAUUUUCUUUAUGAGUUCCUUUUGUUUGCCUGGUGAUGGGGCAAUUGUUACACUGGAAAGACCUUUGAUUUUAUACUCGAUUAAAAAAAAA